CCAGUUAAAGCCCAGAAAAUGAACUCGUAUUGAGUUAGUCUUGUUUAAGUCAUGGAGCGGCUUCAAGUUACAUUCGGACACCUGUCGACGACAGGGUCACAUAAUGAUUAUCACAGAGUGCUGACCAGUGAAGCUGCCGCCAGAAGGUUUCCCGACGGUCCAGAUGAUGUUGUUAUUAUUUCUGCUCGUAGGACACCAAUUGCUAAAGGAAACAGGGGAUCGUUUAAGGAAACUUUCCCAGAUGAUCUUCUUGUCCCAGUCUUUAAAGCUGUUCUACAAGAGGCCAAUGUUGCACCCCAGGAUGUCCAGGAUAUCUGUGUCGGAAAUGUUGGUGAUCCCAGACCAGCUGUUUCAGCCAGAACUGGACAGUUUUUCAGUGGAAUUCCAGAAACGACCCCGAUACACUCUACAAACAGACAGUGUUCCUCUGGACUACAGGCUUGUAUGAACAUAGCAGGUGCCAUAAAAACAGGUCAGAUUGACUUAGGAAUUGGAGCAGGAGUGGAAUCUAUGACAAUGCACAGAAACACAAGUUCUACAGUGCCAAUCAACCCCUCUGUGUUUGACCACGAUCUUGCCAGACAAGUACUUAUCCCAAUGGGGAUAACAUCAGAGAAUGUAGCAGAGAAGUUUGGAAUCACCAGAGAAGAGCAGGAUAAAUUCGCUCUGCUGUCCCAGCAAAGGGCGGGAAAAGCACAGCAGACUGGGGCAUUCAACAAAGAAAUUGUCCCUGUGACAACCAAGGUCACGGAUAAAGACGGGAAUGAGCAAACUGUCACAGUCACUAAAGAUGAAGGUCCCAGACCCACAACGUUAGAAAACCUGCUGAAACUCAAACCAGCUUUUAAAGAGGGUGGAUCCACCACAGCAGGGAACUCUAGCCAAGUAAGUGAUGGAGCAGCUGCUGUUCUCAUGGCCCGGAGAUCAGAAGCCAAAAGACGAGGAAUGAAGAUAUUUGGGGUAAUCCGAGGCUACGCCGUGGUGGGGUGUCCCCCAGAUAUAAUGGGCAUUGGUCCAGCUGUAGCUAUUCCAGAGCUUCUCAAAAAGACAGGUUUAACUAUUGAUGAUAUUGAUGUUUUUGAGAUCAACGAAGCAUUUGCUAGUCAGGCCUUUUAUACUGUUCAGAAGCUAGGAAUUCCCUCAGAGAAAGUGAAUCCAGUAGGUGGCGCUAUAGCUCUGGGUCAUCCAUUGGGCUGUACUGGAGCAAGGCAGAUUGCAACACUCCUGCACGAGUUAGAACGAAGGGGAAAAAGGGCCUUUGGUGUGGUCUCUAUGUGUAUGGGGACAGGCAUGGGAGCUGCGUGUUUGAUCGAGUACCCAGGACUGGCCUAGAAAGCAGAGUUUAUGAAGAGGAGGUGUGGCUUGUGAAGAGGAGGAGGAGCUUGGAAGGGGGAAGAGCCUGUGAUAUUUGUCAGUGAAAUCCUCAUCUAUUUAAGAUUAAUUUAUGAGGAAGACAUUUUACUUUUUGAUUUUUAUUUGUCAUGAUCAUAAGAUCAUUGAGCAGGGGAAAAAUUGGUGCCGUUUUUUAAUGAAUGUCCAAUUAUGUACAAAAACUUCAUUUCAGAUGUGUAAAUAAAUGUAUAUUUAUGCAGAUGGUAUUCAUAUAAUUCAUAUGUUUCAUAGGAAUUAUGUUGUCCAUUUUACAGGGGAUUGCAAUCAAAGAACUGAUUGAUUAAUACAUUAAAGAUGGGAUGUACAUGGCCUUUAAUACAUAAUCUUAUAAAAGUAAAAUGGACACAAGUAGUACAUAAAAAUCAAUCUAUUAUCUGUCUUUUCCUAAAAAAAAAGAAGCAAAAACAUUAACUGAUGAUAACAAUUAAUAAUUACAAUGUACUUAAUUUGUGUUAAUAGCACAAA